UGGCCACUGCAGACGGCACCAUGUGGGCCCCAGGGGAUCAUCGGUUCUGGUUCCAUUGGGGGCUGCUGUUGCUGCUGCUCCUCGGGGCUCCCCUUCGAGGCCUAGCACUGCCACCCAUCCGAUACUCCCAUGCGGGCAUCUGCCCCAACGACAUGAACCCCAACCUCUGGGUGGAUGCCCAGAGCACCUGCAAGCGAGAGUGUGAAACAGACCAGGAAUGUGAGACUUAUGAGAAGUGCUGCCCCAAUGUGUGUGGAACCAAGAGCUGCGUGGCAGCCCGCUACAUGGAUGUGAAAGGAAAGAAGGGUCCUGUGGGCAUGCCCAAGGAGGCCACAUGUGACCAUUUCAUGUGUCUGCAGCAGGGCUCUGAGUGUGACAUCUGGGAUGGCCAGCCCGUGUGUAAGUGUAAAGAUCGCUGUGAGAAGGAGCCCAGCUUCACUUGUGCCUCUGACGGUCUCACCUACUACAAUCGCUGCUACAUGGAUGCCGAGGCUUGCUCCAAGGGUGUCACGCUGUCCGUGGUCACCUGCCGUUAUCACUUCACCUGGCCCAAUACCAGCCCCCCACCGCCUGAGACCACACUACAUCCCACCACAGCCUCCCCGGAGACUCUCGGGCUGGACAUGGCAGCCCCAGCCCUGCUCAACCACCCUGUCCAUCAGUCAGUCACCGUGGGUGAGACGGUGAGUUUCCUCUGUGAUGUGGUAGGCCGGCCUCGGCCAGAGCUCACUUGGGAGAAACAGCUGGAGGACCGAGAGAAUGUGGUCAUGAGGCCCAACCACGUGCGUGGUAAUGUGGUGGUCACCAACAUUGCCCAGCUGGUCAUCUAUAAUGCCCAACCCCAGGAUGCUGGUAUAUACACCUGUACAGCUCGGAAUGUCGCUGGGGUCCUGAGGGCUGACUUCCCGUUGUCAGUGGUCAGGGGCGGUCAGGCCAGGGCCACCUCAGAGAGCAGUCUCAACGGCACAGCCUUCCCAGCAACUGAGUGCCUGAAGCCCCCAGACAGUGAGGACUGUGGAGAGGAGCAGACGCGCUGGCACUUCGACGCCCAGGCUAACAAUUGCCUCACCUUCACCUUUGGCCACUGCCACCGUAAUCUCAACCACUUUGAGACCUAUGAGGCCUGCAUGCUGGCUUGUAUGAGUGGGCCGUUGGCCACCUGCAGCCUGCCCACCCUGCAGGGCCCCUGCAAAGCCUAUGUGCCACGCUGGGCCUACAACAGCCAGACAGGCCUAUGCCAGUCCUUCGUCUAUGGCGGCUGUGAGGGCAACGGGAACAACUUUGAAAGUCGUGAGGCCUGUGAGGAGUCGUGUCCCUUCCCAAGGGGCAACCAGCAUUGCCGGGCCUGCAAGCCACGGCAAAAGCUUGUCACCAGCUUCUGUCGGAGUGACUUUGUCAUCCUGGGCAGGGUCUCUGAGCUGACUGAGGAGCCUGACUCAGGCCGUGCCCUGGUGACCGUGGAUGAGGUCCUGAAAGACGAGAAGAUGGGCCUCAAGUUUCUGGGCCGGGAGCCGCUGGAAGUCACUCUGCUUCAUGUAGACUGGACCUGUCCUUGCCCCAACGUGACAGUGAGCGAGACACCGCUCAUCAUCAUGGGGGAGGUGGAGGGUGGUAUGGCCAUGCUGAGACCCGAUAGCUUUGUGGGUGCAUCGAGCACGCGGCGGGUCAGGAAGCUCCGUGAGGUCAUGUACAAGAAAACCUGUGACGUCCUCAAGGACUUCCUGGGCUUGCAAUGAAGCUAGCCCAGCUACCCUGACCCUCCUCCGCCCACCCACCCCUGCCCUCAGUCACCCAUCCAGGUGAGAUCAGGUUAGAUAGCCAUGGCUCGGGAAGAAACAUCAGCUAGCACGUGGGAAGAAAGCCACCAAUGUCCUAAAGCCACCGAAGUUUUAGCGCCACCUAUAUGUUCUCUCUGCCUCUCCAUGUCCUCACUUUGAAAAUGGUAGUGAGCACAUAGCCCCCUUUAGAGGUCUGUGGCCCACCUCUUCCCAUACUACCAGCCCUGUGACCUUGGGCAAGUUGCUUAACCUCUCUGUGCCUUAGAUUAUUGUGUACAAAGUGAGAAUAGUGGUUGUACCCCCAGGCUUAGAAGAGAAUGGUAAGCUAAAGGAGGUCCAGGAGGCCUGACAGGAUCUUUGGAUUCAAUAAAACGUCUGUAUCUUCCCCCCUCACUGUACCCGCUAACCCCACCGAGACAAGGUUUCUCUGUGUAGCCCUGGCUGUCCUGGAAUUCACUCAAUAGACCAGGUUGGCCUCAAACUCAGAGAGCCGCCUGCCUCUGCCUCCCGAGUCCUGGGAUUAAAAGUGUGCACCACUAUGUCUGGCAAAAGGUCCGUAUCUUUUUUUUAGCUGAGAAGGGUUGGCAAAGGGAAGAAAGGGUACAGGUAAGUUGUUUCCUGUGGGUAGUUCCCCUGGGCAGCCUCACCCCUCUCUGCUGACCCAUGCCCCUCUGCCCAGUCUCCUAGCCUGGGUUCAGGAGGAGCUGUCAUCUGUAUUGUCAAAUGGUUUAGCUUGUAUAGGAGGGUACAUGGUGAGAGAUAAGAGGAUCACUUAAGACAACUGCCCCCCUGCCUCCUGCCCCACUAUAUCACUGUAGUCAGAGACCACCCACAUCAAAGACUGUGAGCAGAGGGAAAUCAGAGCAUUCAAGCUAGGCUCUAACUUAUCCUAAUGGAGGCUGCAGAGAUGGCUGCCUUUGGUGGGGUCGGUUUGUGUCACCACACCAGGAGAACCCAUGUUUUCUCUCCUUAGCUGCAUUGGUUUGUUGGUUUGCUUCUGUUCAUUUCAGCUCAGUGGACACUUCCUGGGUGCCAGGUGCUAAGACCAUAGAGAGCUAAUACUGCUCUACAGGCCAAGUCAGAAGGUAGUCCCGAUUCUCGGCUCUGCCAGGAGCCAGUGAGUGAUUGUCAGCAGUCAGGCAUUUCCAUCUGGUAGGCCAGGUACUUUCAUGUGCCAUGGACUUCCUAGGAGAAGCUCAAAGAUCUGUUUUUGGCAGCAAGAGAAAUAAAGAAGACAAAGGCAGGAGGAACAGGGGACAGCCUAGGCAUCAGAGCGGAGGUGGGCCCAGGGAGAAUGCAUAUUGCACAAUGCUGCCAUCUGGUGGUGCAUAUGGACACUUGCAGGGAUCAGGAGAAAAGCUCUGGGAGGGGCCUGGGAGGGGCCUCUUGGCGAUGGCAGCUAUGAGAUCACUUGUUUCUUCUGGUCCCAGCCACAUAGGCACUGGGGUAGAGGAUUUGGAACCCCUCUGUCACCUCUGCAUCUGCCCUGUUCCCUCCUCAGCCCUUCAUUCUGCCCACACCCCUCAAAAGGAUGCCCUAAUGUCUUCCUCAAAUAUACAGAGGACAAUACUAAAUAAAAUUUCAUAGUGUCAACUGC